AUGAUUACGCUUGGAGGCCCAGAGAUUCUACAGCCAACUACCAGUUGCGAUCGACACCAGCCCUUGAUUGCUUCUGCAUUAAGCCUCAGUGCCUAUGAGCUCUCCAAUGUCGCCAGCUUUGUCCAAGUCGUCCAGAUUCACCGGAAUCCACUCAACAUGUCUUCGAUAAUCGAUGGAAGGCCUCCGGCUGAGGCGAGGAAUUACCCUCGGUUUGGAAUGUAUCUUGUGACGAAGCCAGGGAACUCAGGCGAGUUGAUCAGUGGUCGAGUUCUUGAUCCUCAGUGGAUAAACCCAGGUCUUUUAAGUCAAUGGAAAUCCGACUGCGACAGUCUCCAUCAAGGUUUAUGCAAGAGUUUUUCGCAUGGACCAUUCUUAUCUAUCAGGCCUAUCUGGCUCGUGGAUGUUGCGCGCCGCUGUCUUGUUGUAGCUCCCGGUGGCUGUUCUUAUGUGGCUCUGAGUUAUGUGUGGGGUGCCACGCAGUCUCUUGAAACCACCACCGCUAACCUCCGCUCUCUUCAGCAAGUUGGUUCUCUUGUUGUGAAGCACGCAACCACACCAAUUGCAAAAACGAUAAGGGAUGCGCUAGGGGUAGUCGAGUUACUAGGCGAACGGUAUCUCUGGGUUGAUUCCCUUUGCAUUGUUCAGGACGACGAGAAAACAAAACACACGGAAAUGACCAAGAUGGCAGCAAUUUAUGCCAAUGCGUCUGUUACAAUUCUUGCGAUUCAAGGAAAGAACGCAGACAGCGGGCUACGAGGCUUUCGAGUUCACUGCUUGAGCAAAGGAGUCACAUUGAUCCAGACGCCAAUCAAUGGGCCCACACUUGAGUUAAGGAGUAAACAGCCAGUGUGGGAGAAUAGGGGCUGGACUUAUCAAGAGCAGAUGUUCUCUAGGCGGAGGCUCGCGUUCGACUCCGGCUCUAUUCGAUGGGAGUGCGCGGAGGCUAUUUGGCGCGAGCAUGUGUUAUUUCGGCCAAUGAUUCCUGACUUGUCAAUGCUUCAAACUCUUCUCAGUAACUACAACAACAGAGAUCUAACGUACCCAGAAGAUGCUCUCAACGCAUUCGCGGGCAUUUCUUAUAUAUGCAGCCCUGCCUUCGCCGGCGAAUUUGUUUCAGGGCUCCCGACGGCAGUUUUUGACAUAGCCCUCCUAUGGCAACCGCAAAGCGCAAAGUUUCACAGAAGAACAGCCAAAAGCCAGAACAUCAAUUAUUGUCUCCCGAGUUGGAGCUGGGCAGGAUGGACUGGGACCGUUCAUAUGGAAUGCGCAUCUGCAUCUGAUUUCUUGAAAAGCACUCCUAACGGAAAAGUCAGUGCACUAGACUGCCACAUAAAAAGACACCUAAAUUGGAAGUAUCAUGAAGGUAUCGACUCAGUUGGUAUGCCGAUCCAUACAAGCAUUCUGGACGACAAAGAUGCCUGGCUCAAAGGAGAUACAUCCAAUAACAGCGGCUGGUCUAUAUACUCCACAUCAGAAAACUCGCAAUCGCCACUCUGGCCACCUAACCUCAGAACACAAUUUUCACACUUCUAUACACAUACCGCCCACCCAGGUUGUGAGUUCUGGUAUCCAAUUUCAAUAAUGGAAUCCAACGAUGCUACACCUGGGAUCGUAGCACCAUAUCUCUCUACCAGAACUCGGCGGGGUUGUCUUUCUGCUAAGGCAGAAGCCGUGUCAUCCACAUUAGAUCGCCCUGUAUUAGUACUAAGGAACCAACGUGGUUCCUACGCAGGCGUAUUAUUACCAGAUAAUGCAAUUGAUGGGCAGAAAGAGGCACUCGAAGCUCCCGCCAACAAAAUAGAAGUAGUGGAGAUUGCAACAGGGGUUUUUAGGGACGUUCCAAAUAGUUGGCCCGGACUUCCUGAGUAUAAUCAUAAAGAGAGACCAAGGGCAGGCGGAUGGUACAAUUUUUUCUGGGUAUUGUGGGUUGGCUGGCAUCGCGGCAUAGCAUAUCGCAAGGGUAUCGGCAGAGUUUAUGAGGCAAUAUGGAAAGAGGAAAGAGGAGAGAUAUUUGAUUUUAUGAUCGGUUGA